CUUCAAGGCUAAACUACGAGAAAAUGUCACAAUCCGAACAGCCGAGCCAUAGCUCGACUCCCCGCUCUUUCACCAGCCAGACUGUCUCGGCAGAAGACUUGCUCAAGUCUCAGACAGUUGGUCUUGUUCAUCUCUCCGACUUUCGCAAACGUCGCGCCGAGGUUCUAGAGCAGAAAGAACGCGAAGCUCAUGACAAGUCACUAGGAAGGUUCACAUCUGGUAUUUCCAGAAGCGCAACUCCCUCUACGGGGGAAGUGACUGACGGCAACUCGACGCCACGAAGCGAGGGUCCGCCGAAGAAGAAGAAAAAGAAGCCUAUCUCGAAGAGUAAACUGUCCUUUGGCGAUGACGAUGAGGAGGAGAACGAUAGUGCCGCUGAUGGAGCCGCUACGCCGCGUGACUCGAGCAUCCCCCGUUCCGCCUCCAAAACCCCCAUUGACGACAGUUCUGCGCCGUCGUCACGUCGCAUUACCCCGAAUCCAAAUGCCCCACCCCCUCCGAAGGCGAUGACGAAGGCUGCCUUGAAGGCAGAGGCAGAAACACGGGAUGCCCUCCGCAAGAAGUUCCUUGUUAUGCAGGAAGCUGUGAAGAACACCGAGAUAUUGAUCCCCUUUAUAUUUUUCGAUGGGACUAACAUCCCAGCGGGGACUGUCAGGGUCAAGAAAGGCGACCCCGUUUGGCUGUUUUUGGAUCGGUGCCGAAAGGUUGGCGCAGAAUUGGGCGUCGGCGGUUCCAGCGGAGCAUCAAAGGGCCGCAAAGACAACCGCCGCGAGUGGGCUCGAGUUAGCGUGGAUGACCUGAUGUUGGUCAAAGGGGAGAUAAUUGUCCCACAUCAUUACGAGCUUUAUUAUUUUAUCGCCAACCGGGUAUCCAGUUUCUCCAGCACCGGUGGAUUGCUAUUUGAUUAUUCCAACAAACCACCGUCGGCUCCGUCAACAGACGAUCCGCUAGCACGUCCGAACAAUGACCAACUAGAAGGUGCUGACAAGGAUCCCACAUUGACCAAAGUGGUGGAUAGACGAUGGUAUGAGCGGAACAAGCACAUCUUCCCCGCUAGUCUUUGGCGGGAAUACGAACCGGGGCCGGAGUUUGAAGAGAAAAUGCGCACGACCAGGCGUGAUGCUUCUGGGAAUACGUUCUUCUUUUGAUAUAUAGAUGGGUGAGCUGAGAUCUAGAUGUUAUAUAUGCACGAGAUACCCAAUGAAAACAUAUAUUUCCCACCU